AUGGCCAAAACCUACGACUAUCUGUUCAAGCUGCUGCUGAUCGGGGACAGCGGCGUGGGAAAGACCUGUCUGCUCUUCCGAUUCAGCGAGGACGCGUUCAACACCACCUUCAUCUCCACCAUCGGUAUCGACUUCAAAAUCAGAACGGUGGAACUGGACGGCAAGAAGAUCAAACUACAGAUAUGGGACACAGCAGGACAAGAGAGAUUCAGGACCAUCACCACGGCCUACUACAGAGGAGCCAUGGGCAUAAUGCUGGUGUACGACAUCACCACCGAGAAGUCCUUCGACAACAUCAAGAACUGGAUCCGGAACAUCGAGGAGCACGCCUCCUCAGACGUGGAGAGAAUGAUCCUGGGAAACAAAUGUGACAUGAACGCCAAGCGCCAAGUGUCCAAAGAGAGAGGCGAGAAGUUGGCGAUAGAUUACGGAAUUAAGUUUUUGGAGACGAGUGCAAAGUCUGGGAUAAAUGUGGAAGAGGCUUUUUUGACGCUCGCUCGGGACAUUAUGACGAGACUCAACAGAAGAAUGAACGACAACAACGCGGCCGGAGGCGGAGGUCCCGUCAAGAUCAGCGAGAACCGUCCCAAGAAGAGCUUUUUCCGGUGUUUGCUUUUGUAA